AUGGCGAGGUGCGCUCGUGGCGCCACCCCAGACGCAACGCCUGCUGCGUAGCCGUUCACGUUGGCAUCUUGGACGAAGUUCCCAGCCACCGUGCUGGCCACAUGCGUGCCAUGGCCCGUCACAUCGAAGGGCAGGUGAGUCGAAGCAGCGAAAUUCCUGGCUCCGAUGAGCUUGUUGUUGCAUACGGGCGACUUGUUGAAGUCGCAUUUACCGCGCCAUCUCUUGGGCGGCGGGGGCAUGUUGGCGUCGUCGAAAGAAGCGUGGAAGGGGUUGAUGCCGGAGUCGAUGACCCCGACAAUCAUUCCGGCGCCCAUCUUGGUGGCAUUCCACGGGCCAUUCACCCUAUUCAACCCCAGAAAGUACGACGUGUAG